AUUUCAAUAACCGAAAGGAAAUCCGAUCCGCGUAAUUAACUUCGCCGCGAAUAACUCCGGUAAUUUAUUAUAGCAAAUCUGACCAAACCUAACGCCGGAUUCGGAAUCGAUAUCGUUACCUCCGAUUCCCAGAACGUUUCGUCGACGGGGUCGUUAUUUUUAUUCUUCCGUUUUUACGAUAUUUACAUUUUAUCGAUAUUUACAAGCGAAUUAAUCGACGCUCCAAUAAGUACGAAAGUUAUUGUCGUGCUACGGAUGUGUAUAAAUAGGAAUAUGAAACGGUAAUUAAAUUAUUAUAUUCGAUAUGGUUACGAUACGAUGCGCACCUGCAUCCCGUAAAUCGCAAAAUUUUACCGCUGUCGAAUCACCUCAACGCGAUUCCAGACAAAUUGCUCAAUCGAAAUGCUAAGGUUAUCAAACAAAAUAAGGGUGGUAUUUUAUCAUCCACAUACCUAUUCUUCGCUUCUUCGACUUCGUUAAGAAAAUAAUCAAAUGAAAAUUACCCGAAAAUUUCUACAUGUGAGUUUGCUGUUCGAGACGACGUUGAAUCAAUGUCCCGGUUAAUCUUUCGACAAUGUUUUUCAAACUUUACUCCGGCGGAAACAUUCUUCAUCUACGGUCUUUGAAUAUCUCGCUCGAAUAAUUCGUUCGUUCCAAACUCUCUGUGUUUUUUGUGUUUGAACUUAUUUCCAUCUCCCAGCUGUACGUGCGGUGCUUUCUGUUUAGCGUAAGAUUUUAAUCCAGUUUGCGCGAAAAUGAACCGCCUUCGCCAAAAAAAAUGUUUUUUCACCCUCAACCCCUGCGCGGGCAGGAAGUGAACGGCGUCGUAACACACGCCGUUAGGUAAUACGAUGAGCGCGUGUACGAUGCAUACCCGAAGCCCUUGAAAUUCAUCUGUAAGUCUUAAUCGAAUUUACAACUUCGUUUCGGACCAUCGUGUCCAUCAGACGAAGCAGAAAGCAUUCAGUUCUCUUCGUACGUUAACGGCCUCGCCGAGGUGACACGCGCUCAUUAAAAAUAAGUUUGAUUUUGAGAAAUUUCGCGCUGCGAAGAAUCAAAAAAAAUAUUGUUUCGUUCGACAUAACCGGGGCAUCGCGAUAUAAGAGGGUCUUAAUAAUGGAGGUGGUGAUCGACUGUUACUUUGAUAAAAUUUUCUCAGAAAUGGAACGAAGCAGUCUUCUUUCUCGCUGUAAAAGAAGGGCGUUGGUCGAUUGGUUCACCGCAAUUAUCGAUGGUUGCGCCAGAGGCGAAGAAUUAGAACACACCGACGUCUGCGAACGAGCCGUUCAGGCAGCUUUGCGUUACCACAACAUAACGUUGGCGGAGAACGGUUCGAUAUGUCUCCUCGGUAAGUUUCACAACGUCCUCUACAUAGCUGCAAAAUUGUGCUUCGAUUGGAAAAUAAAGAACAACGAUAUAGUGUCACGUCUUCUGAACGAUAUAUACUACUGCGAGAAGACGUUCGAGCGGAUAUUCAUCGGUGCGAUAUUCGGUACUCGGGUGACGCAUUUUUUAUCCGGUUGGAAAAGUGACUUCAAGGAUCGCGAGGAAAAUAUAAGAGCGUUGAUUUACUUCAUGGAUCACGCGAACGAGGGACGUCUCGAGUACCCUACGACGCAGUCGACGGAGAAAUGUCGUUUCUUUGACGUUUCCAUGGAGUCGUACGGCCACGCGGUACCGAUCAAAGUCGUCGUCCAGUUGGGCGCUCCGGAUAUCCUUCUGCUUCUUUUGAGGUACGGGGCAAACCUCGGAGGAACCGGCGUUAGGGGUAACUCAGUCCGCUCGGCUCCCUCGGUGAUGGAAAUGGUACUCAACAAAUUCACGGACUUUGACGACAGGAAUGUCAACGAGAAGGUGAACGCGAGCGUUACGCCCGCUCAAUACCCCGCUCAAUUGGUGGCCUGCCUUAGAAUCCUCCUACGAACGGUUCCCCUGGUCACGGUAAACACCCCGGGUCACAUCGCCGUUCAAAGCGGAGUCCUGACCCUCCCGCUUUACGAUCAAUACCCCCAAUUGGUCUCGAACAAUCUUGUGCCACCGGAACGCAGCGGCGUCUCUCCCCCCGAACUCAAACACCUUUGUCGUUGCCGAAUACGGGAUUCUCUAUUCAAAAACUGGGCCCUACCUCACGGGAUCAAGGAGCUCAGGAUACCCCAGUCCCUCAAAGACUAUCUCGACUUGUUGACCGACUGAUGAUGUGGUAUUCGCGAUACCGCGCCGAUGUGAUCGUCUUAUAAUCGAUUGUCGAGAGAUAUUUUUACCCAUUUAUCGUGUGAAACAUGUAAAGAGAGGAGAUGAAGUUGACAAUAAAAGUGUCGAACAUU